AUGGAGUUUCUAGAGAAAAGAGUGCCUUUUGCGAACGGACAGAGAGGCCAGAGCAACAGAGCCACAGGCACACCACCAUCCGAGUUGAAGGGGCGGUCACCUCGAGAAGAUAAUGCAGGAGACAACAUUCGGCAACGACACUGCCUAAGAGUCAACUCAACAGUUUCAAAAUCGCUGGGUUCAAAAUACAAAGAUGAUGAUGAAUCUCUCAGCGCGAAUGUUAUCAUGCAGCUUUUCUCUCCGAUUGUUACAUCGCAGAGGGUGAUGGCAACUCAGUUUGGUAAUUCAUACACGUCCAUUCAUUGUAAAGAUGGAACCAAUCUUGUUUUUGAUGAGUACAUGGGUUUCUUAUUCACUCUCAUCUCGAGGGAGAAGGUGCAUUCGAUGAAACGAUCCCUGAGUGUAUUCAUCAGUCUAGUGCGACAUCUAUGUGGACCUGAUGUUGGAGUUUUGCGAACAGACGCGGCGAGCAACGAUCUGCUGGGCGACUGCCUGGACAACUGGCACGAGCUGCGUCUUCGCGAACAAUCGCUGCUCGUGGAGGCCGUGGAGCAGCUGGCCGUCAAUGGCGACAUCACCACUGCUGCGCUUAAUGCGCUGCGCAGCGCUUGCGCGUCGCUCAAGGCCGCGCUCAACUAUUCGCGGUCGCACUGUCUCGUCUUUGUACAGGAAAAACUGUUAGCUCUGUAUACUAGUCGUGAAUCGGACGAUCUGAUUCCCUCGGACCUGAUAUUUUUGAAUAUUUUGGCGAGCACUCACAACUCUUCAGCAUUCCCUGCCGAAUCUGACAUCAACGUUGAUGCAGUCGAAUCAUCAACCUCCAUCAAUAACAGCCCCAACCAAUCUGUAGCUGAUACCGAAUCAAGUGAUAAUAAGCUUCCUCUGAGCUCUCGAAUAGUAUUCUUGAAAGGAAAGAAAGGAUUUAGGCCGCAUGCUCUACAUAUAGUGACGAUAUCCAAUGGGACUCAUUUUAUCAUCAUUUAUCAGAUAAAUAGUGAAAGCCUAUGCUCCAGUUUGUAUGAUGCAUUCCAUCACCUGACAAACUUUCAGAAGGCUUUGGAAUGUGAGACGGAUGCUGACUUAGAGAAGAAAGCAUUUGAAAGCCUGGAAUCGACAUUCAAGAGGAUAUUGGAUAGUUUGAAAAAGAAUAAAAAUAGUUUGAAGGAUGUUGAAGGAGCUGUGAAAACUUUGACAUCUAGAUGGGACAUUCUCAAGAAAAAACACGCGGAACGCGUGAAAUCUGGUGACCAGAGUAGUGGCACUGUGAGCAUGUCUGCCAACUGUUGCAACCUGUUGUCGGCGCUGAGAGACGUCUACCAGUCCAUCUGCUUCUGCAGCUGUGACCUCCGUCAGAGUGAGCCAACCGUCACCCAAAUCGCUGGCAACGUCCAGACAAGUCUGCAUGCCUUCUCUGACUUCCUCACCGCCAAGGCCUUCCGCAACUUUACGCUCAGAUCGAGAGCGCUACUGUCCAUCAACAAAUACCUUGAGGAAUUUCCAGGACUGGUGCAUUUUCUGUAUAUUGACAGAGUCGAUCAUAGGCUCACUGCACCGUCUCUCGAUUUCUCAUCCGAAGAAACAAAUAAUCUGACAAAAAUAAAGAUUUGGGAUAUGAUUGAAUUCAGCAGAAGACAUCUUGAAGAUGGACAUCUGGCGUUCAUGUGGAAAGAUACAACAUUCAAUUACGCCUACUAUCUAUGGUUUGAGGAUGAUCAGGAUGUGGGUAACAAAUACGUGCACCUUGACUCCCUCUUAAAAGUGCAGAAACUAAUAAUGAAGAUCAUCAAGCAGAGGCCACCUCGUUAUCCGUCAGACCAGCUCUACAAUGAAUUUGGUGUGAUGGACAUAAGACAGCUCUACUCCUUGGAAAUAAUUUGCAGACUACACAAAAACCCGGAAAGCUUUCAACAAAGGAACCACAGUCAUAACACAAGAAACAGAAACCUUCUUAAUAUGAGCGUGGCUAGGAAGGCAAUAUAUCAACGACUCUUCAACCACCUGGCACCAAAACUCCACAAUCUACUUCCUGCACAAAUCAAGUCAAUAGAAAACCCAAGAAGAUUUAAAACUGCCGCUAAAAACUGGAUUAUUCCAACUGGAAGACAUCAUUUAUAG